CUCACCUGCAGCUCCAGCAUAGUCUAUGAGUUAAUCCUGUUACUGCACACUGGGAGAUUGUACACAGAGCGAUACAUAGAGCCAGACAGCGCUCUGACCUUCUGGGACACCGAGAGCUGGCCAUCAGCAGCCACUGGGACAAGCUUGCUAUGGAGUGGAACGAAAAUUCAGAAAUUUCUUGCGAUUUGGCGUUCUCUGAAGCGCAACGAUGGGUUGAGGAAGUUACUGGCAAAAGCUUUGGAAACAAGGACUUUCGCUCAGCUCUGGCAAAUGGUGUGCUAUUAUGCGAUUUAAUUAACAAGAUCAAACCUGGAAUCAUCAAGAAGAUCAAUCGCUUGUCCACCCCCAUUGCUGGCUUGGAUAAUAUCAAUGUUUUUCUGCGCGGCUGCGAGAAACUUGGAUUAAAAGAGGCUCAACUUUUUCAUCCUGGGGAUCUUCAAGACUUAUCUAAUAGAGUCACUGUCAAGCCAGAAGAGACCAACCGGAGAUUAAAAAAUGUUCUGAUCACCAUAUAUUGGCUUGGAAGAAAGGCACAGAGUUUACCAUAUUAUGAUGGUGUAUACCUUAACCUAAAAGCUUUUGAAGGUUUAUUGGGACAAACACUUACAAAGGCACUAGAGGACUCCAGCACAUUGAAAAAGAGUGGUCGAGACAGUGGUUGUGGUGAUUUGUGGUAUAGUGAGAGAGGAGAAAAUCACUCUCCUGGUACUGUGCAUAGACGAGACGAUUCCUGGGAUAGCUUGGACUCCUUUGGUUCCAGGUCCUACACAAGUUUUUCAUCAGAUACAACCAUCAAAGGGAGUAGCGAGGGUGGAGAAAGUGACACAGAGUCUGAAGUCACUGACAAAAUGCAGGAUCCAACCAAAAAUGAUAUGUCUUAUCGGAGGGUCUUAACUGUGGAGCCCAAAGCCACUUCAACCUUUAAUCAGUUUCUACCAAGUAAAGCUAAAGCACCCACUUACAUGCCAGCACCACUUCGGAAAAAGAAGAUAGACAGGAAUGAAGACAAUAGAAGGAGCUGGGCAAGCCCUGUAUUUACAGAGUCGGAUGGCACAUUCUCCAGUUCGGACUCUGAAGAUGACAAGAAGUUACCAGACUUAGUACUCGAUGAUUUAGCAAAAAGAAAAUAUCAUGUGGGCAGCAGGUCUUCCAAACCUGUUGCCUCUGAUCAACUUUCCAUUCCUCAAUCUGGCACUCAAACUCCUUCUGUAAAAGAUGUUGAUCAAGAAAACUCGCGUAAAGAACCAUGCAGCCUGAAAGCAAAUGUGAGGAUGCAAAAAGAAACCGAAUCAAUGGAUCGUUAUGAGUACUCCACAUUAUCUUCAGAUGAAGAUGAGGACAAUGGUAGAGGCUUUCCAAAUCUUGUGAAGGAUGAUCUAUAUGUCAGAAAGGUCAACUUAUCUGCUCAACAAUUAAAGCCUUCUGUUUGUUUUGAAAAUGUGGGCCGAAACGUGCAGUUGGAUAUACCACAUCAAAAAGUAAUUCGAACAAGCGCUUGUACUAGACCAUGGUACAAUGAGUUUCAGGGAUUCAGUAAGCAUCCCAAAGAAGACUUUUUAACAACAUUUAAUCUUGGAUCAACCAGUAAGGUUAAAAGUGAUGUGGAAUUGAGCAGAGAACUAAUAUCUGAAUUUGAAACGCUCUCCAAAAACAAAAAGGACAUUGAGGGAGGUGACACAUCAGAGUCAAAACCAAGUCAGUUUGUUUUGCUUCAAGCACUACAAAAAUUAGCUUCCGAUGCACUAGAUUCUGAAAGUAUACCCAAACCAGAUCCCACAGCAGGUCCAAGAGUUGUAAAUUCUCAGUCACAUGUACAAACUGAUCUUGUGGAUGACCAUUCAAGUCCUUUACCAAACCUUGAAAAUGAUGAUUUGUUUGCGAGGAAGACAGGAACUUUUCAUCUCAACCAAGUCAUUAAUCUUGGAACACCUUUAACUCAAGUAUGGGAAAUUGAGAAAGACAUAGUACUGCAAGCAAACCAGGAUGAAUCUGAAAUUCCAGAUUUGUUAAAGGAUGAUAUGAUUGUUCGGAGAGUUCAGACAGAGCCAAAAGAGAUUCAUGUCUCGGGUGCUCCUGAUAAUUACAAUCCAGUACCUUUUCCAGAACCAUGGACUCUACCAGAAAAGUUGCAGUCAAAGUUUCUUUGUGAGGUGAAGAAAACUCCAGAAUCUAAGACAAGAGAAAACUGUGGCAGAGUGAUCAACUCAUCCGAAAAAUCUAAGAAAGAUGACAUGUUAACUAGAAAAAUUAACUUAUCGCAUCAAUCCAAAAAGCCAAAAGACUUUACUCCUGGGCCUUGUAAUGAAGAAGAUCUAAAAAAGUGGGAGGACAUUAGAGAGGCCAGUAAAAUUAGGCACAAGAAACGGCAAUUGGUUCAAAGACUGAUGGAAAAGCUAUCCAUUAACAGUGGGAGCAAAUCGGUAGAAAGCAUCAGUGCAGAAGAGCUCCAAAAUCUCAGACAAAUGCGCUUUGAAGAGAUGCAGAAAAUAAAAAGUGAGAUACAGGAACAAGAUCAAAAAUGGCAAGAUGACCUUGCAAAAUGGAAAAAUCGUCGGAAAAGCUUCACUUCAGACCUUCAGAAAAAAAAGGAAGAACGAGAAGAGCUGGAGAAAAUUGUGAAUGAGGCCCCUGAAAGGACAUACAAAACAUUCAGAAAAAUGCGCCAGGAGAGAGAGAACAGAGAGCUUGAUAAUUCAAACCAUGAUCACAGAAGAUUGUAUUCCUCAAAUGAUGAUAUUUUUGAUGAUUCAAAGACUACAUCAAGGGCAGCUCUAGAAAAAAGUUAUACUAUAGAUACUCCUUAUACAAUGACCGUGCAAAGUACUGUGUACUCCACUCAGAAUUCCCAGAAACAAGAAGAAAAAACAACGCAACCAGAGUCCCUCUCCAAAUCCACUGAUGACUCUGACAAAGAUACCACCUUCUGGAGUAAGCAAGGAAGCACAGUACAAAGUUCUCAACAGUCUGACAACACUGAAACAAAUCACCCUAAGGGAUUGCUGGAAAAAAGUUACACAAUUGAUGUCGGUACACCUUAUAAAACUAAAGUCACUACUACUACUUACUCAGUAAAAAGUCCUGAAAACCAAGCAUAUUCUCCUCCUGCUGAACCAAGCAGACGGUCAGACACGCCACAGUCGUACAGCUCACUAAAUGCAGAAACCAGGCCAGUUAUCCCCUCUGCUUCUCUGCCAAGAAGUUACCAGAAAACUGAUACAUCAAGAUUGUCUUCUGUGAUCACCCCAAGACCUUUUGGUAUCCACUCAAAAGGAAUCACUCCACUCUACAAAUCCUUCACUCUGGAUGAUUCUCGAAAGUACAAUGGGGAUACUACAAGGAAGGAUUCCACAUUCAAUACAUAUUUCAAAGUUGAUAGACCCAGCAGUUCUGGCCAAAGUGAAGAGGAUGAUUUAGACGAUAAUAAUGAAUACUUUCCGAAAAGCUCUUCUACAAAGCCCAUCCUAUCGGCAAAUCAGCAGGAGAAGCCUUCCCUUGCGGAAUCAGUCUCCGUCAUAUCUUCUGUUGUAUCUAAAGGCUUACAACAAGCCAAGAGCCCAGACACACUAGAGCAGUACAGUGACAUGAGGAUCAGCAUUAACCAGAAACCUGGGAGCAGUCACGACUUUGGGUUUAAAACAAAUUGGAAUAGCAUUGGGGUUUUUGUAACUUCUAUUGAUGCAGGGAGUCCAGCAGAAUUCUCUCAGUUGCAUGUAGAUGAUGAAAUUCUAUCCCUUAACGGCUCAAAGGUUUCGUCCAUGGACUAUAGUGAAUGGAGGGAAGCCAUGGAUAAUGCUCUAGAAACCGGAAACCUAACAAUAGAUGUCAGACGACAUGGCAAAGAUGUCUGGUGCAGAGACCCACCUUCCCUGCCAUACAAAAGCCAUAAAACACUCAAUCUCACCAGUAUGGAUCCCAAACUUUUAGGUUCUGUUGAAAAUAAGUGGAUUGAUGCAAGUUCUGGAUAUAGUUCUACCAGAUCUUCAAAUAUGACAGUGGGAAGUGACGCACCUGACUCUGGAAAACUCAAGGAAACCAGGCAGGUGAAUGGGAUUCAAGAUGAGCCUAGUUUGAAGCAAAAAGAAUCUGAGCCAAUUUCUUUGAAAAACUAUAAAAGGAGGUCCCAGUUUUUUGAGCAAGGAAGUACAGAUUCGACAGUGCCUGAUAUGCCGGUGCCGACAAUUAAUGCUUCAGCAAGAUGGUCAUGGGAUCCAGAAGAGGAAAGGAAGCGCCAGGAAAAAUGGCUCCAGGAACAAGAGCAAAAGCUGCAGGAAAAAUACAGACUUGAACAAGAGAAACUUCGAGAGGAAUGGGAACGAGCUCAACAAGAAGCAGAAACCGUAAACACUGCUCGGUUUGAUGAGGAACAACCCAUUCUACGCUCUGACAACAGUGUGUCUAUUACUUCGAACACUCCCAUGUCUUCCUACUGGAGGACAGGUGGAUCUGAAGCAUCCGAUGAUUUACUGAGCAGUGAAGGAGAAGAGACCUCGCAGGAUGCAAAGCAAGAAGAAGAAAGGUGGAGUUAUUUGGCAGCUCAGCAGCGUCUAGAAGAAGACCAAAAGCGGCGCCAGGCUGAGGAGGAGAGCAGGCGGCGCCAGGCUGAGGAGGAGAGCAGGCGGCGCCAGGCUGAGGAGGAGAGCAGGCGGCGCCAGGCUGAGGAGGAGAGCAGGCGGCGCCAGGCUGAGGAGAAUGAGAGAAAACGCAGGCAAGAAGAGGAACAGAUUAGACUACAGAGAGCUGAGAAAGAGGAACACGAACGGAGGGAAGAUGAGCAGCGUAGACAGGAAGAGAAUGAAAAAGCCCAAAGAUCAUACUUGAGAACUAAUAAUUCAAGGUUUUCCAUGAAUUUUGAUGAGCCGGAUAAUAACAGAAAUAAAGUAAAAAAUGUUUCCAGUUCAAUGGAUUAUGCUGCCCAAGGAAAUGGUGGUUUUAAAAAGCCAUCAUAUGGUUUUGCUAACUGGGUAACUGAAGAGGAACAAAAAAGGCCAAGCACGAAGACACAGCCAAUACGUCCAUCCUCUCAGAUAGAGACCCAGAGAAGACAAAUCCUUGGUCAAAUGAGACAUGCUGACCCCUACAGAGGUGAGCAGGAUUCCAGCAGCCCUUGGAAUUUAAGGGAGUCACCAGACCGGUCUUCCAAGACGCAGACAGACAGUAAUGCAGAGGUGGAGAGGCAGCGAAUCAUUCAGGAAAUGAGAAAGAAAGCCCCUGUUAAUAAUGACAACAGCUGGAUCAGGCAGCGCAGCUCUAGCGUUACAAAGGAUACAUCCUCUGUUCCAAGUUUUAUGAGAAGAGGGGAAUCAUUAGAUAACUUGGACUCUGCUUCGGGGUCUCUACGACCAACUUCAUGGGCACAUCAGUCAUCCUCGUAUAGUUCUUUGUCUUCUAGUCAAGAGUUCAGUCGUCCUUCUCAAGUUGUUUCCACCUCCAACCGGACCUUUCUGCGCAACCCGUCAUCUAGCUUGCCACAAUCAUCAUCCGGCUCAGUCAAGAGUGCAUCUGUAUCUCAAUCCUCAACUGCACCCUCUACCUUGCCUAGGACACAGACUUCAUCUCCAUCCAAUCAAACACGCAACAAGUCAGUGAGUGGAAAGAAAUUGUGCUCAUACUGUAAUAACAGUUUGGGCAAAGGAGCCGCCAUGAUCAUCGAAUCACUUGGUCUUUGUUUUCAUUUACAUUGUUUUAAGUGUAUUGCUUGUGAAGCAGACCUCGGAGGUUCACAAUCUGGAGCUGAAGUCCGAAUCCGUAACAAUGAUCUCUACUGCAACACUUGCUACAUCAAAUUCAAAUCUGGACAUCCCACAGCAAUGUGAAGAUCCUAUUAUUGUGGAGGCACUCCUACAAAUCGCCGAGGAAGAUGGAUCAGAUCCGGAUGU